AUGAUAGUUUAUUUCUUUAUCCUACACUUUAUCAAGGACUCUCUAGCGCUUUUGAUUGAAAGAAUCCCAUCAACAAAUCCUUCGCCUGAUAAAAGAAUGCUGCCACUCAUGCAGAGCUUUCCAAAUUUAAAUCUUACACUUUCAUAUGGAGGCUUGCAGAGCCCAAUUAAUGUUUUUAAUGAUAUCUGGUCUUUCCAGACAAAUAAUGAAACAUGAUCAAAGCUUGUUCCUCUAGACUCAGUUUAUCCAGGUAAAAUUCAAAUUAGUUGGGAGAUAUGGAGGAGGAUCUUGAAAGGAUCAAGAUAGUUAUCUAUUUUAUAUCUUUGGAGGGAUGAGCACUUAUGGCCCGAUAAACGAUAUAUGGAGUUUCCAUGCAACUAGACUACUUUGGACCAAAAUUUCAGCAACUGGAGAUAUCCCAUUGCCUAGGGUUAAUUUUGGGUAUACCUCCUGAACAGAAAAUGGGGCCGUGAAAUUCGCUGUUUUUGGUGGGUCAUCCUCUAUAGGAUUUGAUAAUCAUUUAUAUAUGUAAAAAUAAAGUAGACUUGACACAGACAGCUGGGUGUGAACAAUGAUGCCAAGUAAUGGCAGUAUGCCUCCAAAAUUAGAAAGCCCUUGCAUAACUUAUUAUAGCAAUGCUUUAUAUAUUGCAGGAGGCCAAGCUCCUUUAGAAGCAAAUCCAUAUAUUAAUGGAUCAUAUAAAUAUGAUUUAGACCUUUCCGCAUGAGUCAAUAUUUCUUCAUUGAGCACAUAUACAAGUAGAUAUUUGCAUGGCUGUGUUAUUUUUAACGAUGAGUUAUAUAUGCUAUCUGGCUGGUCAAUGGAAUGGAAUGAUCAAAACUCUGAAUGAUAUAAACUAAAUUUAUCCGAUAUAAAUCAUGACUGAUACAAAAUAGAUAAAAUUAAUUUAUCAAACAAUGAUUAUGGCUUUACACUAAUUGACUCAAAACUUUAUAUUUUUGCAGGUUUUAAAGAUAAAGGGUUUCAUAAUGCUUUUUGAAUAUUUGAAUUAUCUGCAUUUUCGCCAAUUCUAUACGGCUCUUAUGAUGAAAAUCUAUCUCCAAGCGCCCGAAUGCUCCAUUCUAUGCAUCCAAUAGGAGAAAAACUUUACUUGUUUGGAGGCUUAGGCGAAGAUGGAGAAUUAUUUAAUGAUUUUUGGGCUUAUGAUACAAUUAAUGAGAAAUGGAAAAGCAUUGAAGCUGCAGGAAGUGCACCGUCACCAAGGUAUGGGUUUGCUUCAGCUGAAAAUUCAGGAGUUAUAGCAGUCUGGGGAGGGCAUGGGUCUUCAGGAUAUUUGAAUGAUAUUUAUAUGUUUCAUAUCGGCACUUUGCAAUGAUAUUUUAUUCAAAACCCCACUUCACCUCCAAGUCCAAGAGAAGGAGCCUGCUUAGCAGCUAUAGAGUCACUUAUUCCCACUUGGUUAGUGAGCAAAAAAGUCUGUUCACAAGAAAGAAUUAAUUUUUAGUUAAAAAAAUUAUAUUAAAAUUCUAAUUUAAUUUAUAAAAUUAAAGUUUUAGAAUGUAAGCUAUUUCCAAUUAAAAGAAUUGGCUGGAAAUUUUCUUAUCAUAAAUAAUUAUUAGGAUAAAUUUUUUUUCUCUAGCCAAGGAUAUAUGGAUUUUUCUAUUGGUUUAGAUUCAAACCAAGGGAGAGUUAUUAUUAUAUAUGGAGGCAUGACAGCUUCUGGGCCUUCUGAUGAACUAUGGCUCCUCAAUAUAAGUGAAAAAACUUAUAUACUCCUUGACUCAAGUAACCCACAAGGGCCAGGGCCUCUGUAUUAUGCCUCAUGCAAAAUUGUUGAUAAUUCAUUUUAUGUGUAUUACGGAGAAUAUGAUGGAGAAUAUUCAUCGAAUGAAAUUUUUAGCUAUAAUUUAACAAGCAAAAUAUGGGAAAAAAUUUAUCACAAUUCAAAUGAUUUGCAAUGAAUUAGAAGUAAAGCAGGCUCUUUAAAAUUAGACGACAGGAUUUUAGUCUUUGGAGGAAAUAUAUUUGGAAGGUACCUUAGUAAGGACAUAUUUUACGUUAACUUGACCACAAGCGAAUUUGUAAAAAUAGGCCAAAUCCCUGAUUAUACUUUUGGCUUCGCUUGGUGCUAUUUGAAGGAUCAUAUUUAUAUUCAUGGAGGAGCAACAGUCUUAAUCUUAAUUAAACUUAUAGAAAAGCCCGAACGACUCUGCAUUCUAAAAUUCUCCUGUCAUCUACCCAGUUCGUGCUUUGACAUCGCAAAGGUUGUUCAUGCUAGAUGAGGGCCUGCACUCAUUACCCGAUAGUCGGAAGAAUUGUGACACUGUACCCUGCGUCAACAUAGAUUACCUGCCAUGAAAAGAACUUUUUGACUAACUCUCAAAUCCGAAGCAAAGGCGUAGAUCCUGGAUUUACGUUGAAAAACAGUCCCGAUUAGACAAGGAGCUCACUUCUGGCAUUGGUUGUAGAUCUCUUUCCAACUCUCAAUUACAUUUCUCUAUGAGGAAAACUGCCACCAUAUUGAGCUCAAGUAGAUCAGUUAACCGCUGCUGCUCUAUAGCGCUUUCCCGAGGAUGGCGCGGAAUGGCGCCAUCCUCGGGAAAGCCAGGAAGGCAUCCACACGGGAACUGGGAGUUCCACGUGUGGAUGCCAUUUUGACAUGUGGAAGUUUGGAUCCCAUAUGUCAAAAAUGGCAUCCACACGUGGAACUCCCAGUUCCCGUGUGGAUGCUUAGUUGACUUUCCCGAGGAUGGCGCCAUUCCGCGCCAUCCUCGGGAAAGCGCUAUACUUGGUUCCAGGAAAGCCUUGCUAGAUACAAAUUCUCAAGCACAUCUUCUUUUCUCAAGGCUUUUCCCCAAAACUGUAAAGAGGUUGGGCCGAUCCAUAGCGCCAUUUUAAUGUAUAUAGAUAAGCAACAGUCUUAGGAGAGCUUUUAAGAUAUGAAGUGCCUUCAAACAAGUUUUUCAGGAUUCAUUUGCAAAGUGACUGUGCCGAUAUAGAAAGCUGCUAUUGGGAAUGCAGCCCAGGAACUUAUAAGCACAAUAAUGAGUGUUUAUUAUGCCCGCCUGGAACUUACUCUGAUAGUUAUGGAAACUCUGCAUGCACUAAUUGCUUGGAAGGAUUUUUUAACCAAAUUUAUGGCUCUGCAUCAAGAGUUCUGUGCUAUCCAUGUGAGGAAGGGACAUAUAAUUCUAUUGAAGGAGCUGCCCUUUGUCUGAAUUGCCCGCACUCUGCAGAGUGUAAAGCAGGUAGUGUUACUUUUGAAAGAGAAGUCUUUUCAUUCAGUGAUUUGUCUAUUCAGCCUCCAUUAUAUAAAGCUGAUCAAGACAAACUCGACAGAAUUAUCCUCAUUGUAAAUUUAGUAUUCGGACUAUUUGGGUUUCUCUUGAUUAUAUUUAUUUUGAUGUUUUUUGCAUCAAUCUUAUCAAGAAUUGAUAUAUAUAGGUAUAUCCCUAAGAUAGCCCGAUAUGGGCGAGGGAUAGAGGCCAAAACUUACCACUUGGUCCGUCAACUCGAGCUGGCCGAACCAAGUGGAAGGAGGCUCAUUUGCCACUUACCACUUGGCUCGACCAACCUAAGUUUGCCGGACCAAGUGGGAAUUUUCGCCUCUUUCCCUCGCUAUAUCGGGCUAUCUUAGGGAUAUGCCUAUAUACCUCAAGCCACAACCAUUUGCUGAACGUUUCAAUGAUUCUGACAAAAACAAAAAUCGGAGGAUUCUUUUCGAUUAUUUUUGGGGUCCUUGCAAUUAUAUUGGUUUCCGAUAGUAUAAUCACUUUUAAGCUAGACAAUAUCACAGAGCAGAAAAGCCUAGUUCCUCUUGUUGUGCUUUCCCAAGACAUAUCAAAGGUACUUUUUAUUUAGUAUACAGGAGAUUUUGUGAUCUCAACUACUUUUAUCAAUUAUGGGGGAAACUGCUUACUCCCCCCAUCCGUGAGUGAACAAUAAAAUUUUGUUCAUUUACAGAGGGGGGUUAAUUUUUUAUUUUUUAAAAAAUUUAUAUAAAUUGUAUAGAAAAUAUUUUUUUCGAAAUUUAAAAAAAUCUAAUUCGCAAAAAUUGGAAAACAUAUAUUAAUUUACUUUAUAUACAAUUUAUGUUUUAAAAGCAAUUUGUUUAAAAUUAAACAGGAUUAGCUCUAGAUUUCAUUAUAGUAAUUAUCACUUAUAGAAAUUGCCUGAGGAUGGCACAAAAUAGCGCCAUCCUCGGGCAAUUUCUAUAUAUAUCAAAAUUGUUUUCCAUAAAAAAAUUUUCUAUUAAAAUAAUUUUUGUUCGCUCACGGAGGGUGGGUUUUUGGGCAUAAAGUAGCGAUUUUUCUAAUGGUUUUGUUCACUCACAAAGGGGGGGAGUUAGUAAAUCAUGCUUGCUCCCCUGAAAUACACAUUUCAUUUAGUAAUAUAUAUGGGAGUUGGUCUGAAAUGAGCUGCCAAUUAAACAAAAGAGAUUGCAACGUAAUCAUCAAGUGCAAAAACUGCCAAAUAGAAAGCGAAGGUGAAAUCUCUUAUGAAAUGGCAUACACAAACGCAUUUUCUUCAGGGUUUAUUAUACAAGUUAAUUCCACAUCUUCAAUUCCAGAUGAGAUAAGCAGCUAUCGCACCGUUAUACUUCCAAAUCCAGGCUAUGUUUUUCUUGGCUUUACAGCAACAACUGUCCAUUUUGCAUCAAUUCCUUCUGUAAACUUUAAUGCAGUGAUUCCAGGAAUCCCAUAAAGAUAGGUCGUAUACUGGCUAUCAUAUUUCUGUGGAGCAAAGUCCAGAAUAUGGCUCACAAUUUCACACUUAUGAGUAAGUCCUAUUUAGAAUGGGACUCGCCUAUAAUUUGUAUUUGAAUCUUCAGUUUAAUAAUGGCUUAAACGGGCUUGUUACAACAAGGAAACAGGGGCAAACAUGAUUAACUUUGCUUAAUCCAUCCCCCGGUGAGCAAACAAAAAAUUUUUAAUUUUUCUUUUUAUAUUUCAAUUUAAUUUAAAAAAUGCCAAUUAUAAAUCAAAAAUUAAUUAAUUUUUAAAACUUAAUUUUAGAAUGCAAUCUGUUGAAAAUUUAAUAUAUGAGAUUUCAUUAUAAUAAUUAUUACUUAUAUAUCAAAAUAUUUUUUUUAAAUUUUUAAGCCUAUAUUUUUUAAAUUUUAAUUUAUUUUUUAUAAAGAAUCUAUUCAAAAAUUUUAUAGAUUCAGUGUAAAAACUGUUUAAAUAAUAUUCUAAUUGUACUUUUUUCGUUAAAUUAGAAGAAAACUUAUUUUAUAAAAGUUCUUAUUUUUACCUAUAUACUUUCCUAUUAAAAAACAUUUUGUUACAAUUUAAGCAGGGUUAAAAGAAUUCUUUUCUUACAUUUUUUUCUCAAAAAUUUAGGGAUUUUCCUAAUGGUUUUGCUCAUUCACGGGAGGAGAAGGAGUUAGUGUACUAUUGGGGUCUAUAUUUGGACUAUUGGGAGGUGUUGGAGGAGUGAUGAGUUUUAUUGAAGGAUGUUGAACAGAAAUAGAAGAUGGUUUUAGGGAAGACAAUCCUUCAGCCCUUAUUGAAAAAGGCCAUAAAAUUAGAAAUCAAUUUGAUUCCCAUGCCAAGCUAGCAAGGUCAAUGGAUUCAAUGUCAAAAAUAAAUCCUUUUUUGAAGUUCAAUUUUUUUUAA